GUGAGUGCCGCGGGCAGUCACUCCUCGGCUCGUGGCGGUGCGGGUGACGACUGGGCUGUCAGCACCCAUCCCGACACUAGUUUUCACCGUGUGCCCCCGCCCCUGCUUGUUGACAUCCACCUCUUCAUCUUUAUCUAUCAGCGAGGAAGGGUCCCGCUGACACUAUCUAUCGUCCGCCCACACCCGCCCACAUCACCCCCGGGGCACGUGUGACGAUAGGAUGGAUGCCCAGUGCUACCAGGGGGUCGUGGGCGGCUCCUACGGUCACGGGCAGGAGCGUGGGGCAGGGGACUUGGGCAUGAUAGGCGGUGUGGGCGGCAUGGCGGGGCAGGGGCCAGCUCAUACCGCCCUCCUGCCGCCCCGCACCACAGACUGCUGCUACGAAUGGGCGUCCCUUCCCGCCCAUUACUCCACGCCCAUGAAAGAGAUGGAAGCAUGUCUAUUGGCGGCGGGGAAGGGGCGCGAGGACUACAGUGGGGGAGGCGGCGGCGGUGCUGUGGACUACCCUCACCUACCCCAGACCACCUGCGGGGGCGUGUUGUCCUCCAAGGCCCCGCGCUCGCCGCACUCCCCUCUCAAGGAGCACAAGGAGGACACGCCCCUCAGCCUAGCGGGGCAGGACAAGGGCUCCCCGCACAUGCAGGAAGGCGGCGGCUCCAUGCACAAAAAACCCCUUCACCCCCGCCUCAUGAACGUGUCUGCGACCCUCGAGAUGAAAUCGCUGUGGGACGAGUUCAACGAGCUGGGCACCGAGAUGAUCGUGACCAAGGCCGGCAGACGCAUGUUUCCAACCUUCCAAGUUCGCCUGAUGGGGAUGGACCCGGCCAGCGAUUACAUGCUGAUGAUGGACUUUAUCCCCGUGGACGACAAGCGCUACCGGUACGCUUUCCACAGUUCCUCGUGGAUUGUGGCGGGGAAGGCGGACCCCAACUCACCCCCACGCAUCCACGUCCACCCCGACUCCCCCGCGAAAGGCGCCCAGUGGAUGAAGCAGGUGCUCUCUUUCGACAAGCUCAAGCUCACCAACAACCAGCUGGAUGACAACGGACACAUCAUCCUCAACUCCAUGCACCGGUACCAGCCGCGCUUCCAUGUGGUGUACGUCAAUUCAAAGUCCGAGGACGUGUCUAGCACCGAAAACUUCAGUACCUUCAUCUUCCCCGAGACCAAGUUCACCGCCGUCACCGCCUACCAGAACCACAGGAUAACACAAUUAAAAAUCGCCAGUAAUCCCUUCGCUAAAGGCUUCAGGGACUGUGAUCCAGAUGAGUGUGUGGUGGAGGUGUUGAACCAGUUACAACAGCCUGGUGGAGGGGGCGGUGGAGGCUGUGGGGGAGCAGGCUUACAGCAGCGGGGGGGCGGCGGAGCAGGGGGAAGGCCUCAACAGCAGGGGGGGCAGCAGAGGCACCCCCUGCCCCAUUACCUGGCCUAUCACAACACAGGCAAGGAGACGAAAGACGAGGGUGACGGCGAGGGCGGCCUAGUGUCCCGGAUGAUGGUGGGGCAAGGCAUGGGCGGCGCGGGGUCUUUGCUGCAGGCCUCUCCCAAUGCGGCGCCGGGGGUACGGGGCGCCUCUGACGGGACGGGGCAGUGCGGCGGAACCCUGAACCAACCUUACGCCGGGGAAAUGUGUUCGUAUGGCCCCGUGUACGGCGCUUAUGGAUAUGGAGGCGUGAAGGCGCGCACCUCACCCUACCCCCGCACAUCGCCCGUAUACCCGCCGCCCUAUCCAACGCCGCCGCAGCUUAAUUCACAGCUCUACCGCCAGCCACACACCUACCACGACUACUCCUCGAGAUAGACACACCCUCCCUCACCGGUGCCUUCUCCUAUCAAGUGCCUUUCCCGCGUCGCGCCGUUACGAGGGGCUGCGGUAAUAGGGACACAACGCCUCUGUCCAGGUCGUAAUAAAAGACAUUUCGCCGCCCAAGAACACCUAUUUGACAAGGCUUUCGUAGGAGUUGUGGGCAUUUCCAGGAGUAGUUUUAUGACCCUGGUGGAAGUGUGACCCUUCUUCUGUACCGUGAACCUAAAGAAACACCUAUUUGACAAGGCUUUCGUAGGAGUUGUGGGCAUUUCCAAGAGUAGUCUUAUGAGCCUG